CACAUGGCCAUACAAUUCGAUAAGGUAAAACAUAACAUAAUUAACCCCCAGCCUCCUCUCCUCUCUACUAGUACUACAUCCUUUCUCUCUAUUCUACGUUCUUAUCAUCCUGUCUUGUUUCAAUCUCAUCUUCUUUUUCCUUUCUGAUCUCUAUAAUUAAGCUUUUUUCCUCAUGAAACUCACAAUAAAUCUUAGAGACCUAAUAGGCAUAAUCAAAGACAAAGCCUCUCAAAGCAAAGCUGCUGUAAUCCGUAAACCGAAAACCUUUUCUCUCCACUUAGCCCUCCUCAGAGCCACAACCCAUGAUCCCUUUACACCUCCAAAUUCAAAGCACAUCACCACUGUGCUCUCUUAUGGUCAUAGCUCACGCGCCACCGCCGCGUCCGCCAUUGAAGCCCUUAUGGACCGCCUUCAGUCUACCCAUGAUUCCUCAGUGGCUGUCAAGUGCCUUAUUAUCGUCCAUCACAUUAUAAAGCAUGGUAGUUUUAUCCUUCAAGACCAGCUUUCUGUGUAUCCUUCUACAGGUGGUAGAAACUACCUCAAACUUUCAAGCUUUAGAGAUAACACCACUCCCUUAACAUGGGAAUUAUCUUCUUGGGUUAGAUGGUAUGCUCGAUACCUUGAACAUCUCUUAUCAACAUCCAGAGUUCUCGGUUUUUUUCUCUGUUCAACCUCAGGCACAGCAGAGAAAGAUAAAGAAGAAGAGAAAGUAUCAGCACUUACAAACUCUGAUCUACUCAAAGAGAUCGAUUCUUUAUCCAACUUAAUAGAAGAAAUAAGCAAAAGACCCGAUUCUUUGCAUUUAAAAGAUAAUGGAUUAGUGGACCAGAUCAUAAGUUUGGUGGACGAAGAUUACUUGUCAUCAAUAAAUGAAACAGCUGCUAGAGUCGACGAGUUUGACCAAAGACUGAGUUGCUUGAGUUUUGGUGACUCGGUUGAGUUAGGAUGUGUAUUGAAAAGAUUAGAAGCUUGCAAAGACAAGGUUCUAGCAAUAUCUACAAGGAAGAAAGCACUGGUUGAGAGUUUAUGGUGUUUGAUAAGUGAAAUGAAAGAAAAGGUUGGGAAUGGCAAACAAGCAUACAGAGAGGAAGGAAGACUGCUGCUUACUAUGGGAAGAAAUGAGUCAGCUCGGUUUACAGACCGAGUUCUAAGCUAUGGAAACUCAGUUAAGUUUUCUUCUGCUAGAUUUGGAUUGAAUAAUGGGUUUGCAUUGUCAAUUGUAGAAUCAGUUUGAGUCUCCUUGUGCUGUGAACGAUUAGAGUUUUUUUUUCUUUUUCCUGGGGAGACAUCUUUUGGACAUUGUUAAAUUGAAAAGGUUAGUCCAAAUUACAUAUGAUAUUAGUUAUCCCUAAAUAUUAUCAUACCCUUUAUAUAUGCACAUAUUGAUUUGAUUUUC